AUUUAACCCAGUAGGCGGCGGUAAUGCUCAGACAACACGUUCGUGUCUCUUCACGACACAGCCUCUCACUUUACGGCCGUGUUUUGGCAGCCGUAAAUCGUAACGUGUGGAGUCGGAGGAAGGUUAAGUUAAAUCCUACAUAACACGCAAUCAUGCCGUUUGUGGACCUUCAGUCCCGGCUUGGUAUUAACCUGGACAACUGGCUGCUGCUCCAGAGCGGACACCAGCCCAAUAAGAGGGCGGCGCGCUGCCACGCCUUUGAGAAGGAGUGGAUUGAAUGUGCCCACGACAUCGGGCAGACCCGUGCCAAGAAGGAGUGCCAGCUGGAGUUUGAGGACUUCUACGAGUGCAUGCACAGGCAGAAGACACACCAGCGGCUGCAUGCGAUCCGUCAGCAGCGUGAGAAGAUGAUGAAGGAGGGGACCUACACACCGCCCCCCUGCCACUCAGGCAAGGCCGACGAGUCCCCCUGAGGGAGCACGCAACUGCCCGCGGUUCUGUUCUUGUUAAUAGUAAAUCAGAUAUCAUUAUUUCCUGUUCGCCUGUACAAGUUUGCAAAUAAAUGCUAUCAUUGAAUA